CCAUGUCACUAAUUAAUGCGGGAAAUCGGAGCUGACGGCGAGCACGUGAAGACAGCAGCGGCAAGGAGGGAGGAAGUUCUGUGCAACCGGAAGAAGAUUCAUCCUGAAAGUUCUGUUUUUGUCCUUUUAUUGAAUGCGGGUUCUUCAUCAAUGUUGCCCUAUGUUUUCGUCUCGACUGCCCGGGGCUCUACAUGUUGUGUAACUUGAGUCUUGCGACUCAAAUCAACAAAUUAAACCCUGUGAUGUUGUUCCUCCGCUAGCAGCCGACCGGGAGGUGAAACCAUUGAUCGCAGGUAGACGUGUGAGCAGAGAGAUGGCCAUCGCCCACGUGGCUACGGAGUACGUGUUCAGCGACUUCCUGUUGAAGGAGCCCAGCCAGGCUCGAUACCGCAGCGUCCGAACUGAGCUGGCCAUCGACAAGAUUGUGACCUGCGUGGCGGUGGGCCUCCCACUCCUCCUCAUCUCUCUGGCCUUUGCUCAGGAAGUCUCUGUCGGUACUCAAAUCAGCUGUUUUGCUCCCAGUAACUUCUCCUGGCGUCAGGCUACAUAUGUUGACUCCUACUGCUGGGCAGCUGUACAUACACACACUCUACCUCUAUGGCUGCACAAGUUCUUCCCCUACAUCCUGCUGCUGGUGGCCGUGAUUAUGUACACCCCGGCAUUGUUCUGGAGGUUUUCCGCGGCGCCGCUGCUGCAGUCUGACCUCGGCUUCAUCAUGGAGGAGCUGGACCGGUGUUACAACCGAGCCGUCACCCUGGCCAAGCGCAUGGCCACCUCGGGCCUACCCACUGCAGACAGUGACCCAACCGAGGGCUGUUUCAUGUACCCUCUUGUGGAGAAGUACCUGAUGACCAAGCGUUUUUCGCGGACGCUGCUGUUCCACUACCUGGUGUGUCGCGGCCUGACCCUACUCACCUUGCUGUGCGCCUGCGUCUACUUGGCAUACUACCUCCGCCUGGCCUCUGUCACUGAUGAGUUUGGCUGUGCCCUGCGUGAGGGCCUGCUCAGUAACGACUCCACCAUCCCUGAAAAGGUGCAGUGCAAGCUCAUCGCAGUCGGAGUCUUCUCCUUGUUGAGCCUGGUCAACUUGGUCUUAUUCAUUGCACUGAUUCCUGUGGUCAUCUAUGCCAGUCUUCGCCCCCUCUUCUGCCAUGGUUACGCCAGCUUCCUGGAAACCUACCAAUCCCUGCCCACCGUAAGCAUCCUGCCCAGCCCUGCUGGCCAAUGGGACGACCUCUCUCUCUACCUGCUCUUCCUGGAGGAGAACCUCAGCGAACUCAAGUCCUACAAAUACAUGAAGGUGCUGGAGUUGCUGAGAAGACGAGGUGAACACUGCGGGGAGGAUUUUGACUCCAUGGGUCUGCUGCAGACUCUCUGUCUGGUGAAGACGGAUGUUGUGGAUGGGAACAAAGCUGGCAGUACUGUUGGGAAAAUAGAUCAAAGAAAAACUAACACUGACAACCCCAGACCAGCCAACACCGGACCCAUAAGCACCGGUGGUACGACUCCAGCCUCAAUUACCGAUCAGAUGAUGGGAACUGAGCUGAAGGAGUUCACUCCCCUGCUGCCAGAAAACAGUGAGGCAAUGGACGGAAAAAAACAGAACGAGGCAGGGAACGUCCGCCAUCGAGUGAUCUGAUUGGCUGCUGGUAUGGCAUUAAGAGACUGGCUCAAGGUAUCCGGCAUUUGUUCGUUGGGAGAAAAGCGGUGACCCACUUCUGUGCCACACAUGGGGAUGAGGUCUCCUCCAGUGAGCUUAUCCCUCUUCCCUCUGCUCCGCCUUCAACCCGCUUCUCAAAUUUCAACCCAUCACAUUUAGGUUUUAUCUGACUUCAGAGAUAUUUUCCUGCCUGACAAGCAGACAUGACAACAUCCCACCAGCCCCCAGGUUUUGAUUCAUAGCCGUCAUUUUGAUUGAUUUAAGAAAUAGAACCUAAAGGAGGAUGAGAGGAAGUAAUGAGGGUGGAGUGGCGAUGUAACAUUUGAUGCUUGAGAGAGAAAUCAUUUGGCUUUCAGGACAAAUAGAAUCUUAAUGGUCAAGGUUACAGUUCAAAUACAACUGGCACCAGAGGAAAAUACUGAAAACUGUGACUGUUCUGCUCUAUGAAUUAUGGGAUAUAGCCACAUCAGAGUGUUCUUGUGACAAACCCAUUCAGCAUGCUCCACAUAUGAAGAGCUUGUACCUACUUUCAUGUUUAUCCCUGUCAGGGAUGUGAUUUUUUUCCCCCCUAUUCCUGUGCUGUUUCAUUUGUGCUGUUUUUUAUUUUAACUUCUUUCUUUGAUCACAUCCCUGAAUUCAAAUAUUUAUCUGCUACAGUAAAAGCAGCGUGGUUAGUGUGUUGCAGAUACUUUUUGGCCACGUCUUAACACAAACUGUUGCCUGGCUGCCUAAAUCAUUGGGAUCACAUUAAAAUAAUAAAAAAAAAAAAAACAUAAAACAUUAUUUUUCAUGUCCUUAGCAGUUAAGCUGAGUAUCACUGUCCUUGCAGGAGAGCCUCAAAAACUGCAAAAAGUUACUUUUUUAUCUGGGAGUGAAGUCAUGAAAUCAAUCCAACAUACACAUGUACACAUUUUUAUGACUGUGACAAAUUUCUUGUCAAAAAACCCCCGAAAUAAAUCUGCAAAAUAGCAAUUAUGUUGUGUCCAGCAACAGCCAGGGUGUUUAUUUGCACUAACUGUCAUUCUGGGAGAAUGCAAAUAUGUAAAAUUUUCAAUCACAUUUCAAACCACUGUCAUGGGUUUAAACAGGGUUACCUUUAAAUAAGGAAUCAUAUGAUGAUAAUGAUUUUAUGUUUGGUCUCAAACAAGCCAAUGAAUAUUGCAAUCAUGAAGUAAACAAGAGAGUUAAGAGUUAUUGUGUGUUUGUUUGUUUGGUCUCUCCAGUUUAAUUUCAUAUUUCAUAUUUAUUGGACUGUCCAGACUAUGAAAAAUAAUGGUUUUCCCUUUUAAAAAACAAAUGUGUCUGAGUUAUGUGUACUGGAUAGUUUUCUCCUUCAUAGAUUAAUGAUAAUCUACAGUUUACAUACAACAGUGGCACAAACACGGGAAACACUGUAUGUUUACAUCCUCAGAUACCUUAUUAAUUUGUAAGUAAUGUGCUCAGUAUAGGUAAUUUCCGGUUUUGGGGUUUAAUUUCAAUCAUUUUAUCAAUGCUGGUUGAUUUUCACGGUUUAGACAACUCAAAGCAGAAUGAAACACUUGCUAUACUUGUUUCAGUCUCAGCCAGAAAACCAGCUCUGUACACAGGAAAUAGCUAUCACUGUAAAUGUGGAAUAAGAGCGUUUUUGGUUGCCUGUAUAUGCUGCACCAAGUGGAACAUGUUCAGAUAUUAGCAUGAUAUUUUUCUGAUGUGGUAAAUGUCUAGUUUACACUGCAGUGCAUGUGUUUCUGAUGUGUUUUUACAUGCUUUUCUGUGCUUUUUUCAUACAAUUAAAUGUUUUAGCGUUACAUUUUGUGCACUGAGACAUUUUUAAUGAAAAAAAAACUGCUGUUGUUUGUUUUUGUGUUAUUGUGGUACUGAUACUGACAUUUAUCCUGCCUGCUUUGGCAACAGAGUAGGCAGAAUUUGAUCUUUGUGUUGUGAGGAUAGCUGUAAGUACUAUUUUUGAAAUCAUAAAUGUAUGGACAACACUGUCAUUGAACUUGUCAGGUACCUUUCUGUGGGUUUGAAACACUUGUGGAUUUCAUGGAUUUCGUGGAACUGGCUUUAUUUCAUAAAAAGUCGGCGAUGUUUUUAUUUUUUAUUACAACUACACAUGUUGUUUUAAUACCCAGAAAUAGCCAAAUAAAAUUGUUUGUUGUUGAUUGCA